AUAUCUUCGCUCUCUUCCUCAGCUUCGACUUAUCCAUUGUCAGGCAUCCCCACAAGUUACGGACUUAAGAUAUUUUUGAAUUCACGAGAACAGUUGCAAGCAAGCCAAAAUGCCGACCAAGGGCUCCUGCGUGUGCGGCGAGUGGACUUAUGAGUACGAAGGCGAGCCAGCUGGUGUUUCCAUCUGCCACUGCAUUCCGUGCCACAAGGUUGCUGGCAGCAAUGGAUCUUUCAAUCUGAUUAUUCCAGAGGCCAACUUCAAAAAGACUGCUGGCAAAGACCAUCUGUUCUCUAGGACUGGUGACUCCGGCAAGUCGGUCAACUACAAGAACUGCGCCAAAUGUGCAACUGUCAUGAUCGCCGACAUUGAUGUCAUGCCAGGAGUGGUCCUUGUAAAGGGUGGAACUGUCGACGAUCCUGCUGUUGACGCGAAGAAUGCUCCUCAGAUGGAGAUUUACCGCAAGAACGCUGCUCCGUGGUGCACAGCUUGGUCUGGAGUGGCUCAGGUCGAUGGGGCACCAUCGUGAGAAGAGAAGUAGAAGACAUGUAGUCAAGAUUGUCCAUAUACGGUAAAAUAGACUGGGGCAGCUACCUUGAUGGUCCACGAGUGGACUAAGCGACAUCAGUAAUCACGCUUCCAAGCAACAUUACACUCGAUCACGCAAUCUUCUACUAGACUGCAACCUCUACAAAAUGUUCAUCCGAGCUUAGGUCAGAGAAAUCACAUCGCGCAUGAGUAGAAGAUACAGGCACAAU